AUGGCAUUAAAUAAAAUCCAGGUGAUUAAAGGACUGGAGGACGUGACGCUGUGUGAGAGGGAAACCUGCACCUUCGAGGUGACUCUGAGCCACGCCUACAUUCGGGGCGUGUGGACCAGAAACGGACGGCCUUUCAAAUCGAAGCCCACGUGCCGUAUAGCAGCUCACGGGAAGAGACACGCCCUGACUCUGACCAAGGUCUCGCUGUCCGACAUGGGAUUGAUCAGCUUUCAGGCCGACGGAGUGGAAACGUCGGCCUCUCUGACCGUCUUAGCCCGAGAGAUCAAGGUUGUAAAACAUCUGGAGGACGCCAGCGUGACUGAGAAGAGCAGCAUAACGUUUGUGUGUGAGCUGAACCUGGAGGACGUCGACGGGAAGUGGUUCAAGAACAACAGCAGGAUAAAGGCUGGAGACAACGUCAAAAUCAGACACGAAGGUAAAAGUCAUUUCCUGACCUUCAAAUCCAUCAAGCCUGAAGAUGCUGGUGAGAUCACGUUCACGGCAGAGAGAGUUUCAUCAACAGCCACACUGAGCGUGAGAGAGCUUCCGGUUGAGAUCGUGAAGCCCCUGCGGGUGAAGAUUGCCAUGUACAGACACCGGGCCCUGCUGGAGUGCCAGGUUUCCCGUGCCAAUGCUGAGGUCACGUGGUACAAACGAAACAGAGAGAUUGUGCCCAAUGGGAAGUACCAGAUGAUCAGCGAAGGCAUUUACAGGCAGCUCACCAUUGACGAAGUGGGCUCGUCAGACGAGGACACCUUCACCUGCGAUGCUGGCGAUGAUAAGACCUCGUGCCAGCUUUUUGUAGAGGAGCAGGCCAUCUGCAUCGUCCGUGGACUGAGCUCGGCUGAAGUGACGGAACCUAAGGAGGCUCGUUUCCGAGUAGAGACCAGCAUCAAAGCAGAACGAGCACCUAAAUGGACCCUGAACGGGGAGCUUCUGAGUUCCGGCUCGGAAGUGAGAAUUGAGAGGGAAGGAAAGUCCCACCGGCUCUCUUUCACCAACACCGACAGCAGCAUGUGCGGCAGCGUCCAGUUCAGCGCGGGGAAAAGCAAGUCCGUGGCACAGCUCACGGUCACAGAGCGCCCCCUGGUGGUCACCCAGCCCAUUUCGGACGUGUCGGUUAAAGAAAACGGCUCAGUGACUCUCAGGUGUGAGUUCUGCCCCUCUCCCAGAGUGGUGCGCUGGUUCAAAGGUAGAACCCCUUUGCUGGUCAACGGCAAGUACAGCAUGAAGCGGGAGAAGAACCACGCUGAGUUGACCAUCGUGGGUGUAAAGGCUGCCGAUUCGGGAGAGUACCGAUGUCUGGCUGGUGGAGCCGCGAGCCAUGGUCGAGUCCACGUGGAAGUGAAGAGGUUGAAGAUCACGCAGCAUCUGGAACACGUGGAAGUGGAAGAGGACGAAACCGCCGUGUUCUCCUGUGAGCUGAAUUACGAAGCCCCUGACGUCCAGUGGUUCCUCAAUGACCAUCUGAUUCACACAAGUCACACCAACAAGGUCCAGAACUCGGGGAAAGUGUACACGCUCGUUCUGAAGAAACUCACACCACAGGAGAGCAAGGUGACCUUCAGAACCGUCGGCAUCGGCGAGUCCACCACGCUCCGGGUCAAGGAAAGGCCAGCGGUGUUCCUUCGAGCUCUGGAGGACGUCGUGGCUGAAGAACGCAGCGAUGCGUGUUUACACUGCGAGGUCUCCAAGCAGGCAGUGACCCCUGUUUGGAGGAAAAAUGGUGCGGUCCUGACCACCAGUGAAAAGCAUGAAAUCCUCCAAAGCGGAAAGUCGUUAUCGCUGACCAUUCACGAGCUCCAAAAGGACGACGCGGGAGAAUAUACCUGCGACGUCGGGACCAGCCAAACGAAGGCCAAGCUCGUCGUUCGGGAUCUGCACGUCACUAUCGUCAAGCGCUUGAGGACGAUCGCGGUUCUGGAGGGCGAGGCCUGCACUUUCGAGUGUGCUCUAUCGCACGACGUUAUCGACGAGCCCUCCUGGACGCUGAACGAUCAGUUGAUAGUCAGUAACGGUCGAAUCCAGGUUUUACAUCAAGGCCGCAAGUACACCAUGACCAUCCAGGAGGUCGUGAUCUCCGACGCGGGGGACGUCGUCUUUACAGUUAAAGAUCUCACCUGCAGGACCAUGCUGUUUGUAAAAGAGAAGCCGGUCCGAGUUUUCAGGGACAUGCUGGACGUUAAGGCAGUUCCUGGAGAAGAUCCAGAGCUCAGCUGUGAGAUCACCAAGCCUGAGGUGACCAUAAAGUGGUUGAAAAACGGCCGGCUGAUUAGACCCAGCGCAAAGUAUCAGAUGAAGCAGAACGGCUAUUUGGUGAGCCUGACCGUCCGUAACGCGACCGUAAGAGAUUCUGGAGAGUACUGCUGCGAGGCGGAUGGAAUCGCCACUAGGGCGAGGCUGGAGGUCCGAGACCUGCUGCACAUGUUUGCUAAGGAGCUGAAGGACUUGAAAGCAGAAGAGAAGAACAUGGUGGUGCUGGAGUGCGAGACCAAGAGACCGGCCACUAAGGUGACCUGGCUGAAGGGCAUGAUGGUGCUCAGUUCUGGACAUAAGUACAUGAUGAAGAAGAAAGAUGUGCUUCUGUCGCUCACCAUCUUCAACCUGGAGAAGAGCGACAGUGACCUGUACACCUGUGACGUCGGGACAAUGCAGACCAGGGCGCUACUGACUGUAGUGGGUCCGAAAGUGCUUAUUCUGGAAGAACUGGAGGACGUCGAAUGUCUGGAAGGAGACACGGCGAUUUUGAAGUGCCGCAUCAGUCCGAGCGACUACACCGAGGUCAGGUGGUACCUCGACGAGACCCUGAUUUACACCAACGACCUAAACGAGAUUAAAAUGACGGCGGGCGGCUACCACACGCUCACCAUCAAAAAGCUGGAGCACAAAGACACCGGGACCAUCACUUUUAAAGCCGGGGACAAAAGAUCUUACGCUUCACUUCUAGUCAGAGAGCGACGCCCGACCAUUCUCAAGGCGCUGGAGGACACCGAAGCGAUCGAAGGAGGAAGUCUGCUGCUGCUGUGCAGGACCUCGAAGCCGUGCCACGUCGUGUGGUAUAGGGACGGCUGCUUGAUGUGGAACUCCUCCAGCUACCUGAUGACUCGAGCUGGAAACGAGGCCAGGCUGGUCAUCCACGAGGUCAAAGAAGCUGAUGCUGGGGUGUACGAGUGUAACGCGGGGUGGGUCAGCACCAGGGCUACAGUGACCGUCAAAGCUGUUCCUGCUGAGUUUACAAGACAGCUUGAGAAUCAAGAAGCCGAGGAGGGAAGCGCCGUGACCCUGACCUGUGAGUUCUCCGUCCCCGGCGCUCAGUACAUGUGGCGUAAAGGAGCACAGACCCUCAGGAGUGGAGAGAGGUACCUGAUGAGGCAAAGGAACAACCACAUUUCUCUUACCAUCUACAACCUCAAGCCUGAGGAUUCUGGGAUGUACACCUGCCUGUGUCGCAACCAAAGAACCAUGGCUACCAUCGUAGUCCAUGCCAUACCCAUCACGUUCAUCAAAGAACUGAAAAAUCAGGAGUCUGAGGAGGGUACGAGCGUGACCCUGCGCUGCGAGCUCUCCAAGGCCGGAGUGACCGUGGAGUGGCUGAGGAACGGGCGAGCGCUGAGCCACGGCGGGACGUUUCAGAUACGACAAAUAUUAUCGAUACAGGAGCUGGUGAUCAGGAAUCCGGUGCUGGAGGACAGUGGAACCUACAGCUGUGUGUGUACUGACCAGAGGACUGACGCCACAGUCACCGUCAAAGCUCAAGCCGUCACAUUUAAGCAGAAGCUGAAAGCUCAGACAGUGGACGAAGGGAGCAGCGUCACCCUGCACUGUGAGCUCUCCAAACCUGGACUUCAGGCUGAAUGGAGGAAAGGAAACGAGUUGCUCAAGUCCGGAGAGAAAUACCAAAUUCGGCAAAGAGGGUCAGCCCUGGAGCUCAAGAUUUUCGAUCUGAGAUGCGAGGACACCGACUUCUACAGCUGCUCCUGCGUCGACGUCCAGACAUCAGCUCGAGUUUCUGUUUGCAAACAAGCGGUCAGUUUCACAGAGAAGCUGAAGAACCAGGUUUCAGAGGAGGGCAGGAACGUGACUUUGAGCUGUGAACUUUCCAGAGCUGGUGUUCCUGUGGAAUGGUGGAACGGUGAUGAGCUUCUCCAGCCCGGAGAAAAAUACCAGAUGAGAGAAAGAGAAGCAACACGUGAGCUUACCAUCUGCGACACUGUGCCUGAAGACACCGGAGUCUACAGAUGUGUGUUUGGAGAUCAAAAGACCAAAGCACUCGUCAAAAUAGUUGCUGUGGCUGCCACCUUCAAACAAAACCUGAAGAACCAAGAAGCUUCAGAAGGCAGCGACGUGAUUCUGCGGUGCAAGCUCACUAAAGCCGGGGUGCCCGUGGAAUGGUGGAGGGGUGAGGAGCGCCUGACGCCGUGCGGAAGGCACCGCAUGAGCCAGGAGGGCAAGAUCCACGAGAUGGAGGUCGCGAACGUCCUUCCCAACGAUGCCGGAGUGUACAGCUGUGUGACGGGCAACCAGAGAAGUUCUGCAGAGGUGAAAGUCAAAGCUCUUCCCAUCGCUUUCAUACGGGAGCUCCAGGACCAGGUUUCUAAAGAAGGGGACACGGCCGUGUUCACCUGUGAACUGUCCAAACCUGGAGCUCCGGUGGAGUGGAGAAAAGGAAGAGCCGUUCUGAAACCUGGAGGAAAGUACAAAAUGAAACUGGACGGGAGAUUAACCAAACUGGAGAUCUAUAACCUUGAAGAAGGGGACACUGGGAAGUAUACCUGUAAAGCCAGAGAGGCUCAGUCGACAGCUGAACUCACAGUGGAAGCCCUUCCUGCUACCUUUAAAAGAGGUCUGAGGGACCUGGAGGCUCAGGAGGGAAGCAGCAUCAGUUUGCAGUGUGAACUCUCUAAAUCCGGAGCGCAUGUCGAGUGGCGGAAGGGGGAAGAAAUUUUAAGGACAGGAGAAAAGUAUCAAUUGAGACAAAAGGAAACGACGGCAGAGAUGCUAAUAAGAAAAGCACAACCUGAGGACAGCGGAGUGUACCACUGUGUCUGCGGAUUGCAAAGUACAGAGGCCAACGUCAAGGUCAACGCCAAUCCCAUCACUUUCAAACAAGAACUGAAGAACCAAGAUGCCGAGGAAGGGAACAACGUCACUUUGCGCUGUGAACUUUCAAAAAAGGUUCAGGUAGAGUGGUGGAAAGGAGACGAACUCCUCGAGCCCGGGGAUAAAUACCAGAUGAGGUAUAUGGGCGCAAAAAUGGAGCUCGUCAUCAGGAAAGCCGUACCGGAAGACAGUGGUGUCUACGUUUGUGCAUGUCCAGACCAGAAAUCACAAGCUACGAUCAAAAUCAAUGCUCUGCCAGUCACGUUCAAACAAAACCUGAGAAACCAGGAAACAGUCGAAGGCAACAGCGUCACCUUACGCUGCGAGCUUUCCAAACCUGGAGCAUCAGUCACGUGGUGGAAGGGUGAACAGGCGCUGACUUUGGGUCACAAAUACCACAUGAAGGCUGAAGGAAAGACCGUCGAGAUGAUCAUCCGGAACGUCACGCCUGAAGACGCCGGUUCAUACGGCUGCACAACAGGAGACCAAAAGACGACCGCAGAAAUCAAAGUCCGGACUCUACCAGUGACCUUCAAACAAGAGCUUAAGAACGAAGUCUCCAGAGAAGGUGGAAUGGCUGUGUUCAGUUGUGAGCUCUCGAAUCCCAAAGCUGCCCUUGACUGGAGGAAGGGGAGAGUCAUCCUGAAAGCCGGGGACAAAUAUGAGAUAAAGCAGGAGGGAAAAAUGUCCAGACUGAUCAUCCACAACGUUGAGGAAAGUGACGCUGGAUAUUAUUCGUGUAAAACCAAGGAUUCAGAGUCUACAGCCGAGCUUACUGUUCAGGUCCCACCCAUCACCUUUAAAGUAAAGUUGAAGAACCAGGAGGUUGAGGAAGACGCUGCUGUAGUUUUACGCUGUGAGAUCUCCAAAGCUGGUGUUUCAGUUCAGUGGAGGAAGGGCAACAAAGUGCUUCAGUCUGGACUGAAGUAUCAGGUCAGGCAGCAGAACACCACGCUGGAGCUCAUUAUCAGGAACGCACUGCCUGAGGACAGCGGCGUCUACAGCUGCGUAUGUGGAGAUCAGAAGACUCAAGCCAACGUCAAGGUUCUUGCCACUCCAGUCACGUUCAAACAGAACCUGAAAAACCAGGAGGCUCCUGAAGGAGGCGUGAUAGUCCUGCAGUGUGAACUGUCCAAGCCCGGGGUCCCCGUGCAGUGGUUCAAGGGUGAGGAGGAGCUCGGACAUGGAGCCAAAUACCAGAUGAAGCAGGAGGGAUUAGUUGCCGAGUUGCACAUCAACAACGUGCUUCCUGUGGACGUAGGUGAAUACAGCUGCGUCAUCGGAGACCAAAAGACCAUGGCGGAAGUGAACGUCAGGGCCUUGUGGGAGAGCAAGUCUUCUGACUGUAGCACCGUUGCGGAUUUUACCGCAGCUAUGAAGCGGACCUUCGAUAGUCCUGUACGAGGUGCCGAAGCUGCUUCAGCCCUUCUGAAUUUACGGCAGGGCUCACUCUCAGUCGCCGAUUAUACCAUCUCCUUCCGCACUUGGGCAGCGGAGAGUGGUUGGAACUCGGAGGCUCUGAUGGCCGUCUACCAACAGGGGCUUAAUGAGGACCUUAAAGACCUCUUGGCCACCAGAGACCCUCCUGCCAGUUUGGAGGACCUGUACGAGGUCACUACCAAACUUGACAACCGCCUACGUGAGCGUCGGCGGACCAAUAAGAAGGCACAACGAGCCCUGACCCCAGAGGAAGCGCCUGUCCGCCCCCGACUUGCGGCCUCUUCCGAAGGAGGUGAGCCCAUGCAGAUUGGGCGGGCUCACCUGACUCCCCAAGAGGUUGAGCAACGUCGCCAGGGGGGGCGGUGCAUGUACUGUGGGGAGGGAAGCCACAAGCUGGCUCAGUGUCCAGUCAGGCCAGUAAAAGGCCAGGCCUACCCCCGGUGUCACCCAGGCAGCCUCUCUCAAGAACCAGUCGAUUUGAGCAAGGUUCCGGUGACCUACCAUGACCUACGAGAAGUCUUUAGUAAACGGAAGACGGAGGUGCUACCCCCCCACCGCUCGUUCGAUUGUGCCAUUGAUCUGCUACCGGGCACAUCUCCCCCUAGGGGGCGCCUUUUCUCUCUCUCUGGACCCGAGAGAACAGCAAUGGAGAAGUACGUCCAAGAAGCCUUAGCCCAAGGCUUUAUCAGACCCUCAUCCUCUCCCGCUGGAGCGGGCUUUUUCUUCGUAGGCAAGAAGGACGGAGGCCUACGGCCCUGUAUCGAUUACAGAGGCCUUAACAAAAUCACAGUCAAAGACCGAUAUCCCUUGCCCCUUAUGACAUCUGCUUUUGAGACACUGCAACAAGCGUCUGUUUUCUCUAAACUAGACCUUCGCAGUGCCUAUAACCUCGUGCGAGUUAGAUCUGGGGAUGAAUGGAAAACAGCGUUCAUCACCCCGACCGGUCACUAUGAAUACUUGGUCAUGCCGUUCGGGUUGAUGAACGCACCAGCUGUCUUUCAGCGCCUGAUCCACGAGGUCCUCCGAGAAACACUUGGUCUCUACGCCUUUGUAUACCUUGAUGAUAUUCUCAUCUUUAGUAAAACUGUGAAGGAACACGUCGGCCAUGUACGACGAGUGCUUCAACUACUCCUUGAGAACCACCUUUUCGUAAAACUGGAGAAAUCCCAGUUCCACAUACCCGAGGUCCACUUUCUAGGGUUUGUGGUUUCCCAGGGCAAACUGGCCAUGGACCCUGCUAAACUCAAGGCUGUGGCUGAAUGGCCACGUCCAACCUCUCUCCGGCUGGUCCAACGCUUUUUGGGUUUUACCAACUUUUACCGACGGUUUGUUAGAGGUUUUGGGUCAGUCGCAGCGCCCCUGACGGCUCUUACCCGAAAAGUGCCAGGACCUUUUCGGUGGACAGACGAAGCACAGAAGGCGUUCGACGAACUUAAGCGUAGACUGAUCUCGGCGCCCAUUCUUCAUCUUCCUGAUCCCCAACUUCCUUUUCUAGUGGAGGUAGAUGCCUCCGAGGUAGGGGUAGGGGCAAUCCUUUCUCAGCGCUCGGGCGUGGACAGGAAACUUCAUCCUUGCGCCUACUUCUCCCAUCGCCUAACGCCUACUGAACGCAAUUAUGGUGUAGGAGAUAGAGAACUCCUUGCAGUCAAGAUGGCUCUCGAAGAGUGGCGGCACUGGCUAGAGGGGGCCAAACAUCCGUUCUUGGUCUGGACGGACCAUAAGAACCUUGCAUACAUUCAGGAAGCCAAACGACUAAACCCCCGGCAAGCCCGUUGGACGCUAUUUUUUAGUCGCUUUGACUUCACCCUCUCAUACCGGCCAGGCACCAAGAACGCCAAACCUGACGCCCUCUCCAGACAGUGGGAGGAGCCACAAGCCCGACCAACAUUACCCAUCCUUCCUCCAGAACGCAUAGUGGCACCGCUGCGUUGGGGAGUUGAGGAAGUAGUCAAGAGAGCCCUUCUAGCCGAACCCGACCCAGGGGGAACCCCUACCCAUUGCCUGUAUGUCCCCGCAUCAGCCCGGACUCAGGUCUUGCAAUGGGGGCACGAGAGCUUCUUCGCAGGACACCCUGGAGCUACUCGCACCCUGAAGUUAAUUCAGAGGCGGUUCUGGUGGGCUAAUAUGGCUCGGGAUAUCCGGCAAUUCGUCUCUGUGUGUGAAACGUGUGCACGCAACAAGGACUCCAGAGCCAAGCCACCAGGGUUGUUACACCCUUUGCCCAUUCCCCAUCGUCCAUGGUCACAUCUGUCUCUGGACUUUAUCACUGGCCUGCCCAAUUCUAAAGGCCUGUCAGUAAUUCUGGUGGUGGUAGACAGGUUUUCUAAGGCCGCCAGAUUCAUUGGCUUGCCCAAACUUCCCUCAGCCAGAGAGACGGCCCACCUCAUCCUUCAACAGGUUGUGCGGUAUCAUGGCCUGCCCACAGACCUGGUUUCAGAUAGGGGAAACUCAGCUGGCCACAUCGUCAGCCAGCCAUAUGGUACGCCGUUGCAGGUCCACCUGGCGACGAGCUCGGGCGGUCCUGGUAGCCCAAACAACCUCACGGAAGAGCACAGCAGACCACCCAAAUCUGAACCCGACACCCUGACAGCAGCCGCGAAAAGAACCGAACCUCAUGCUAACGUGUUUUCCUGGCACACAGCCGCCGCCUCUGUGUUCUUUGAGAAGGAGCUCCAGAACCAGGAGGUGAUGGAGGGAAACUCCGUGGUGUUCGCUUGCUUGCUGUCCAGUUCGAACGCCCCGGUCAGCUGGCAGAAGGACUCGAGGAACGUGGCACAAGGCGGACGACUGACGCUUCACAAGAAGGGCUCGACGCACGAGCUGGAGAUCAGGAAGCUCAGACCCGAGGACGCCGGUGUUUACACGUGCAGCACCAGGGGCAAGAAAACAUCGGCCACUCUUCAGGUCAUAGCUCACGUGAGGAUUGUGCGAGAGCUGCGAGACUUGACCGUUACGGCGGGAGAAGACGCCCACUUCGCAUGUGAGCUCUCGCACGAGAACGUCACCGAUGGAUCGUGGUGGCUCAGCUCCAGCGUCCUGCAGGAGAACGAGAUGAAUCGGAUGAGCCGUUCCGGCCGCGAGCACCACCUCACUCUGACCAUGACCACACCCGAGGAGUCGGGUAUCGUGGCGUUCGUGGUGGGACAGGAGAGGACUGCAGCUCGACUGAGGGUCAACAGCAAACCCAAAGUUCUGAUAGAAGAGAAGCUGAAGGACCUGAUCAUCUUUGAGGGUGAAACCGCCACGUUAUCCUGUGUCACCUCGGACACCCGCACACCCGUCACGUGGAAACGAAACAACGUCACCCUGCUGGCCGGGGACAAGUACCAACCUCGUAAAGAAGGAAAACACAACCUGCUUCUGAUACACGGAGUAGGACAGGAGGAUGCUGGGAUUUACACGUGCGACACUGGAGACAUGCAAACCACUGCUGCUCUCACCAUCAAGGAACGGCCGCUGUUCUUUCGUGAGGAGCUCCGGAAUCAGCAGGCGGAGGUGGGUGAGAGUGUCCUGCUGAGCUGCCAGCUCUCCAAACCUGGAGCUGAGGUGCACUGGAGGAAGGGAACAGUGGUCCUCAGGCCAGGAGACAAAUACGAAAUGAAGCAGGACGGCUGUGAGCUGCAGCUUCAGGUGAACGACCUGCUGGUUCAGGACAGCGGCGUCUACAGGUGCUGCGCUGACGGCAUGGAGACCAAAGCCAGCCUCAGUGUUAAAGGUUCGAGCAACGUCACACCUCCAGUCUAUCCCAUCCACCCCAGAGAAGAUAAUCAGCAUGUAUGGGUGUACGUGAUCUGUAAGGAUGGAUUCAUACCCAAAUCGGUCAAGAAACAACCUCUGUUCUUCCGUGAGGAGCUCCAGAGCGUGGAGGCGGAGGAGGGCGAGAGCACCUUCCUUUGCUGCGAGCUCUCUAAACCCGGAGUCCCUGUCCAGUGGAAAAAAGGAGGCGCGGCCCUGAGACGUGGAGGCAAAUAUGAGAUGAAGCAUCACGGCUGUGAACUAGAGCUUCUGAUUCAUGAUCUGACCUGUCAGGACGGCGGGAUCUACACGUGCUGCGCCGGGAGUCUAGAGACGACCGCUAACAUCCUGGUCAAAGAACGGCCGCUGUUCUUCUCCGAGGAGCUGCAGGGUCAGGAGGCGGAGGAGGGCGAGACGGCCUUCCUGUGCUGCCAGCUCUCUAAACCCGGAGUUGAAGUGCUGUGGAAGAAGGGAGCGCUGGUGCUGAGACCCGGGGAAAAGUACCACAUAAAUCACGAUGGUUGCAAAUAUCAGCUGAAGGUCAACGACCUGACGGGGCAGGACAGCGGGACCUACAAAUGCUGUGCUGGUAGCUUGACCACUUCGGCGUCCAUUGUGGUGAGAGAACAGCCGUUGUUCUUCCACGAGGAACUACAAAGCGUGGAAGCCAUGGAGGGUGAGGUCGCCGUGCUGUGCUGCAGAAUCUCCAGACCCGGAGCCUCGGUGCAGUGGAAAAAGGGCGCGGUGCUGCUAAAGCCCGGAGACAAGUACCACAUGACAGAGGACAGCGGUGAUCUGCAGCUUCAAAUCUGUGACCUGACGAAGCUCGACAGCGGCUCCUACAAGUGCUGUGCAGGCAGCGCUGUGACUGCAGCCAACCUUCAGGUGAAAGAGCAGCCACUGUUCUUCCAUGCGGAGCUUCAAAACGUGGAAGCAGAGGAGGGUGAGACAGGCGUACUGCGCUGUGAGAUUUCUAAAGCCGGAUUUCCAGUUUAUUGGAAGAAGGAGACGGUCCGGUUAAGACCCGGGAGUAAAUACGAGAUCAGGCAUAACGGAUGUGAACUGAUACUCAAAAUCCACAACCUGACACAUCUGGACAGAGGUUCAUACAGGUGCUGUGCUGGGAGCAUUGAGACCAGAGCGACUCUUGAUGUGAAAGAGCCACUGCUGAUCUUCUGUGAGGAGCUUCAAGAUCUGGAAUCUGAAGAAGGUAAAACUGCCUUGUUGUGCUGUGAGCUCUCCAAACCUGGAGUUUCUGUACAGUGGAAGAAAGGAACGAUGGUUCUGAAGCCUGGAGAGAAAUAUGAAAUGAAGCAGGAUGGACCUGAACUCCAGCUGAAGAUCCAUAAUCUGAGUAGUUCAGACGAUGGCUUGUACAAAUGCUGUGCUGGUAGCCUGGUCACCUCGGCGUCCAUUACAGUAAAAGAAAAGCCUUUGUUCUUCAGCAAGGAGCUUCAAGAUCUGGAAUCUGAUGAAGAUAAAACCGCCUUGUUGUGCUGUGAGCUCUCCAAACCUGGAGUUUGUGUCCAGUGGAAGAAAGAAACGAUGGUUCUGAAGCCUGGAGAAAAAUAUGAAAUGAAGCAGGAUGGACCUGAACUCCAGCUGAAGAUCCACAAUCUCAAUGGUUCUGAUAGUGGUUCAUACAAAUGCUGUGCUGGAAGCUUAAUGACUACAGCAUCUUUAGCAGUGAAGGAAGAACGAGUGUACUUCAGCAAGGAGCUUACGAGUCUGGAGGCAGAGGAGGGCACGACUGGCUUGCUGAGCUGUGAAUUGUCUAAACCUGAUGUUCCAGUGCAGUGGAAGAAGGGAGCAGUGCUUCUUAGACCUGGAGACAAGUAUGAGAUCAGCCACGACGGCUGUCGACAUCAACUUAGGAUCCAAGACCUGAAGAGCCAAGACUCUGGUAGCUACAGAUGUUGUGCUGGCACCUCGGUGACCACAGCGUCCAUCAAAGUCAACGAGAAACCUCUGUUCUUCAGCAAGGAGCUUCAAGAUCUGGAUUCUGAAGAAGGUAAAACUGCUCUGUUGUGCUGUGAGCUCUCUGAACCUGAAGUUUCUGUACAGUGGAAGAAAGGAACGAUGGUUCUGAAGCCUGGAGAGAAAUAUGAAAUGAAGCAGGAUGGACCUAAACUUCAGAUGAAGAUCCGUAAUCUAAAUGGUUCUGAUAGUGGUUCCUACAAGUGCUGUGCUGAAAAGCCUUUGUUCUUCAGCAAGGAGCUUCAAGAUCUGGAAUCUGAAGAAGGUAAAACUGCCUUGCUUUGCUGUGAGCUCUCCAAACCUGGAGUUCCUGUACAGUGGAAGAAAGGAACGAUGGUUCUGAGGCCUGGAGGAAAGUAUGAAAUGAAGCAGGAUGGUUGUGUCCUGCAACUGAAGAUCUACAAUCUGAGUAGUUCAGACAGUGGCUCCUACAAGUGCUGUGCUGGUAGCCUUGUCACUACGGCAUCUCUUACAGUGAAAGAAAAGCCUUUGUUCUUCAUCAAGGAGCUGAACAAUCUGGAGGUGGAAGAGGGUGAAGCUGCCUUGCUUUGCUGUGAGCUCGCUAAACCUGGAGUUCCUGUGCAGUGGAAGAAAGGAACCAUGGUUCUUAAGCAUGGAGGGAAGUAUGAAAUGAAGCAGGAUGAUGGUUGUGUCCUGCAAAUGAAGAUCUACAAUCUGAGCAGCUCAGACGGUGGCUCCUACAAAUGCUGUGCUGGUAGCCUUGUCACUACGGCAUCUCUUACAGUGAAAGAGAAACCUCUGUUCUUCAGCAAGGAGCUUAGAAAUCUGGAGGUGGAGGAAGAUGAAGCUGCUUUGCUUUGCUGUGAGCUCUCUAAACAUGGAGUUCCUGUGCAGUGGAAGAAAGGAACCGUGGUUCUUAAGUCUGGAGGGAAGUAUGAAAUGAAGCAGGAUGGUUGUGUCAUGCAACUAAAGAUCUACAAUCUGAGUAGCUCAGACGGUGGCUCCUACAAGUGCUGUGCUGGUAGUCUUGUCACCAUGGCAGCUCUUACAGUGAAAAAAAAGCCUUUGUUCUUCUGCAAAGAGCUUCCAAGUCUGGAUGCAGAGGAGGGAACAACUGCCUUCCUAAGCUGUGAACUCUCUAAACCUGGAGUUCCUGUGCAGUGGAAGAAAGGAACCGUGGUUCUUAGAGCAGGAAACAAGUAUGAAAUCAGCCACGACGGCUGUCGACAUCAACUUAAGAUCCAAGACCUGAAGAGCCAAGACUCUGAAAAGGAAUUGUCAUUCCUUAAGGAGCUUGAAAAUCUGGAAUGUGAAGAGGGAAAAACUGCCUUGUUGUGCUGUGAGCUCUCCAAACCUGGAGUUUCAGUGCAGUGGAAGAAAGGAACGAUGGUUCUGAAGCCUGGAGACAAGUACCAAAUUAAGCAGGAUGGGCUUAAACUUCAGCUGAAGAUCCACGAUCCAUGUAGGUCGGACAGUGGCCUGUACAAAUGCUGUGCUGAAAAGCCUUUGUUCUUCAGCAAGGAGCUUCAAGAUCUGGAUUCUGAAGAAGGUAAAACUGCCUUGCUUUGCUGUGAGCUCUCCAAACCUGGAGUUCCUGUAGAGUGGAGGAAAGGAACGAUGGUUCUUAGGCCUGGAGAGAAAUAUGAAAUGAAGCAGGAUGGACCUGAACUCCAGCUGAAGAUCCACGAUCUCAAUGUUUCUGAUAGUGGUUCCUACAAAUGCUGUGCUGAAAAGCCUUUGUUCUUCAGCAAGGAGCUUCAAGAUCUGGAAUGUGAAGAAGGUAAAACUGCUUUGCUUUGCUGUGAACUCUCUAAACCUGGGGUUCCUGGGCAGUGGAAGAAAGGAACCGUGGUUCUUAAGCCUGGAGACAAGUAUGAGAUGAAGCAAAAUGACUGGGAUGUAAGUCUCAGGAUCUUUGACUUGAAGAUCCAAGAUUGUGGUGCCUACAAGUGCUGCGUGGCAAAAGAAGUUCCUCAGGUACCACCACGCUCCAAGGGUAAGAAGACCCUUCAUGGUCCAGUUUCAGUUUCAGAGCAAAUAAAACCGUCCAUGAAGCGGCAAUCUGUGAAUUCGAUUUUAGAGGAGCUAGAGGAGGUUGACCUGGAUCAGGAUGUUAAACAGACAAAAGAACAGGAGAUUGAAAAUAAAUCAUCAGCAGGUCAAAUAUUAGAGGAAAGACAUCUUCAGAAGACCAGGAUGAAGCCUGAUAUUAGCAAGAUCAGUCACCCUGAAGAAGUUUCCAGAAGCGUAGCCACUCUAGACCAAAGCACUAGGUCACCAGAGACUGUGGUUAUCAAUAUUUCAGACAACAGAUAUCAAGAAACUCUAGAGGAACUGCAGAAAGAAGCACCGUUCAAGGCGACUACAGAAGGAAUAAGUGACAUCCAUGAGAAGAAAGACCAAGAUUUGCCUCAAAUACCACCUCGCACCAAAGGAAAGUUGGCUUUGACACAUGACGUUCCUCAAGAGCAACCUAAAACUCUGAUGAAUCAGUCACAGGAAUUCAUCAAGAAGGUGAAAGAGGAGCGAAUGUCAGCAAGGCAAGACAUGAUAGAGCACAAACUGUCAGUCUGUACUGAAGAACAUCAUGAAAUCAGAAACGUUCCAUCCUCCAGGGAACCGGAACCUGAGGAGCAUCUUGUAGACGAGAAAUCCAAAAAGAAAGAUAGAACUUCAGAGUUGACUGCUCCUCAAGUCCAGCAAGAGAAAGCAGGCCUGGGAUUUAUGGAGAAGAAGAGCAAGAUGCAGAUAGAAAAGGUCUCAAAGUCAUUGAUAAUGAAACCUCAAGCCAGGGUAGAAGGUCAGAUGAAAGUAGAAGAUCUGAAUAUAGACGUUACUGACCACAAAGCUGAACAAACUGCAGGAAUUCCUAUUAAGCAUCAAAAAGCAGAGUCAGAUGAGCAGGAUGUUCCUCACAUCCUCAUGGAGAAGACCUCAGAACCGUUGAUAACACAACCUCAGGACAGGACGUCAGAUCAGCCCGAGAUGAAGCAUCCAGGUUUGAACUUUGUGGACAGCAAACCUAAAGAAGCGGUCAACAAAUCUGAUAAUAUCACAGAAGCAACACGUCACACCAUCCAGCAAGCUCAAGGAACCCUCGAUGAGGACCAGACAGAGAUGCUUGAGGCAGCCAUCAAGAUCCAAGCAGCUUUCAAAGGCUACAAAACCCGCCGAGACAUGCGGCCCGUGUUUAAGACGGUGUUUAAGAGUCGGAACGUCGCGAUCGACGACUCGUUUUCUCUCGAGUGCGUCGUCGAGGCGAAGGUCAGCGCGGUCCGGUGGCUGAAAGACGGAGUAGAGUUGAGGUCAGGACAGCGGCAUAGGAUUAUUAGCCACCGCGACGGAAGGUGCACGCUGGUCGUAGCUCACGUGACCUCUGAAGAUGCCGGGAUCUACACCUGUGAGGUCGGCAACAAGUUUGGGACUUCUAGCUACAAUGGGAACGUGGCGGUGGCUCGAGCCGAAAAGCCCGCCAACCGAACCGCGGACCCGCCCAAGGUGGAACCCGAUUUACAGACGUCUGGCGCUGAGAGGGAGACGCUGAGGCUCGUCUACGAUCUGCCUGCAGACGAAGCUCACAGCAGAAUUCAAGAGAAAAGGAAAAGUCUCAUCUCAGUCACGUCUACAUCCUGCCCCUCAGAUUAUGACACUGCUCCUGAUGCAGAGACCAGCUCCCCCUCCAGGGAAAAAGAGGUGAAAACACCAGUGAGGAGCAUCCAGGUUCCUCCAAGCUCAGAAGAGAACAUUUGCAGUAUCAGUGGUCAGCCAGAGACGACCGCAGUACAGCUCAAAGUAAAAGGUGAUUCAGUGAGCAAAACUUCAUCUCCGAAAUACCCACAUACCCUCAAGAUGUCCUCCAACGUGGAGUCCCCGUCCGAGUCGGACUGGGACGACGACAGAGAAGAGACGUUUGAUAUCUACGUGGCUAAAGUGGACUGCCGCCCCACAGUGGCCGAUAAGGAGGCCUUCAUACUCAAGGAGGGCCAGUUCGUGGAGGUCCUGGAUUCAACACAUCCGGUUAAGUGGCUCGUUCGAACCAAGCCGACCAAAACCACCCUGUCACGACAAGGAUGGGUCUCACCAGCGUACCUGGAGAAGAAGACCAAGCUGAUUAGAGGUCUGGUUGAUGGUGAGGAUGAGUUUGUUAGAGAGCUGAACUUCUUUGUGGAGAAUCAUCUACAGAACGUAGAAACCAGCUCCACCGUACCCGCCACCGUCCUGAGCCGGAAAGAGCGAAUAUUCCGCAACAUCAAAGACAUCGGCAGCUUUCACCAGCGUUGUGUUUUACCGGAGCUGAGCCGGUGCACCACGGACGACGACGUGGCUCAGUGUUUCGUGAGCCACGCCCCUGACUUUGAGGCGUAUAUUCAGUAUAUAAUGGGACAGGCUCAAGCUGAGGCCUGCAUCUCGGAGAAAAACACGCAGCAUUUUUUUAAGCAAUACGCCAACACAGCUUUUGCACAUCUGGAUGUUCGAGUCUUUAGUGUCGGAACGUACCUGCAGAGACCGCUGGAGAGGAUUCAGACCUACAAGAACCUGUUCAAGGAACUGAUCAGAAAUAAAGCAAGAAGUGGUCAGAGCUGCUGCCUCUUGGAAGACGCUUUUUCCGUGGUGUCCAGCUUGCCCUGGCGUGCCGAGAAUCUGCAGCACGUGUCCCUGAUCGAGGACUACCCAGCACCCCUCAAAGGGCUCGGAGAGCCGGUCCGACAGGGUUCCUUCACUGUGUGGGAGGAAGCACCCGGCACCAAGAUCUCACUGAGAGGUCACCAUCGCCAAGUCUUCCUGUUCAAGGACUGUAUCGUCUUCUGCAAGCUGAAACGUGACCUGAGCACCCAUUCCAUAUUCUACGUGUUCAGGAGUAAGAUGAAGCUGAGCGAUGUUAAUCUGAAGGACAAGGUGGAAGGAGACGACAGAUCCUGGGUUCUGUGGCAUGAGCACAGAGGUACCAUCAGAAAGGUCACGCUCCAGACCCACUCGCUACUGACCCGCCUGUCCUGGCUGAAAGAUCUCCGGGAGCUUCAGCAGCGCAGCAAGCUUCCAUCGUGGAGUCCACCGUGCUUCGAGGUGAUGCUCACUGACUCGGCAGCUAAACUUGGACAGACCGUCAAACUGGCCUGCAGGGUCUCAGGAACCCCCAAACCUGUGGUCACCUGGUACAAAGAUGGCGUGGCUGUGAGCGAUGACCAGCGCUGCAUCAUCACGGAGGGAAACUCUGGUGCCUGCAGUCUGGUUCUGACCUCGGUGUCUGUGGUCCAGGCGGGUCAAUACAUGUGUUACACAGCUAAUCCCGCGGGGAGCGCUAGCAGCCUGGCCGGGAUCACAGUAGAUGUGCCUCCUAGUUUUAAAGCAAGACUACAGAAUACUCAGCUGCUGAAAGGACAGGAUGUUCAGUUCUGCUGUUCAACAGGAUGUGUUCCUCUUCCCACCGUCAGGUGGUUUAAGGACGGCAAACCGUUGGUGAAUGACGAGAAAUACAAGAUUAAGAGUGAUGAGCAGACUGGAGUCCUCAGACUGGUUAUAAAGACGACAGAGGAAACUGACGUCGGCCAAUACGAGUGUGAGCUCCUGAAUCAAAUGGGCAGCGCGAAGUGCAAAGCACAGUUAAGUUCUGCUCCAUCCCCGGUGAGAGACGUUCCCAGAGAGCAGCCUCAGGUCUCCUCAGCUCCAGAUGCCGAAUCAGAUGGUUGGUCCACCGCUUUAAUGAAGAACCUCUACCAGAUGUUCUUUCAGCCUGGACCCUCCGAACCAUCUGCAGGUAACACCAGUGAGAUUCAGGCUUCACAGGAAGUGAAGAAGCAUGACAAACAGGAAGUGGAUGAGAAACAGGAGGACCUCCCGGAGGGGGAGAGCGAGGAGAUAUUUGUGUCAGAAGCCGAGGAGGACGAGUACACAGAUCCUCCAGCGGUGCAGGUGGAGAUGGAGGAUCUGUGUGUACGACCAGGACAGCCUGCAACUUUCUCAGCGGUCAUCACUGGUCAGCCCGUCCCUGAGGUCAGGUGGUACAAGCGAGACAGCGUUGAACUUCAUUUUGGUGAACACGCUGAGAUUUGUCAGAGCGGCGCUCGAUGUUCCCUCACACUGCUGAGUGUCGACGUCAAUGAUUGUGGCACCUACACCUGUACGGCCACAAACAGCUUAGGCCGGGCCUCCUGCCACGCCCACCUCAGCAUUGAUACAGGACAAGAGGAAUUUGAGGAGGAUGAGGAGGAGGAGGAAGAGGAAAGAGAGCUGGAGGUGGGGAGAAGAAGGAAACUCCACGCUGUUUAUGACGUCCAUGAGGAGAUCAGGAGGGGCACGUUUGGGGUGGUGAAGAGAGUCACUCACCGGGCGAGCAGUGAGGCCUUUGCUGCCAAGUUCAUCCCACUGAGGGCCAGCACUCGUACCCGAGCCUUCCAGGAACGCGACCUGCUGUCCCGACUGGCUCACCGCAGACUGGCCUGUCUGCUCGACUUCUUCAACACCCGCCGUACGCUCGUCCUCAUCACUGAAAUAUGCUCAUCGCAGGGGUUAUUGGAACAUCUGUUACAGAGAGGUUCGGUCACCGAGAGAGAGGUUGAGAUGUACAUUCAUCAGAUUCUGGAGGGAAUCGGAUACGUUCACAGCAUGAACAUCCUACAUCUGGAUAUUAAUACAGACAACAUCCUGAUGGUCUCUCCUGACAGAGAGGGGCUGAAGAUCUGUGACUUUGGCUUAUCCCAGGAGAUUGACCCCUCCAGGCACCAGUACAGUGUCUUUGGGACCCCUGAAUUUGUGGCCCCUGAAAUUGUUCACCAGGAACCUGUAACAACAAAGACUGAUAUAUGGUCUGUUGGUGUUGUCGCUUAUUUAUGUUUGAUGGGGCACUGCCCGUUCUUUGGGGAGAACGACCGUGCCACGUUGGUGAAGGUGGCAGAAGGAGUUCUGUACUGGGACAUGCCAGAAAUCACCAGCAGGAGUGAACAGGCGCAGGAUUUCCUCCACAGAGUCUUACAGCCUGAACCUGAGAUGAGACCAUCAGCAUCGGAGUGUUUGAGUUCCGAGUGGCUUCAGGGUUCGUUUGAAGAUGAGGAGCUUGACCCUAUUGAUACCAAAACUCUGAAGUGUUACAUCUCAAGAAGGAAGUGGCAGCGCUCUCUGACGUGUCUCGGCUCAGUCCUAACCCUGAGGCCGAUUCCAGAGUUGCUAGACGCUCCAUUGUGUGAGGUCUCUGUGACGACCCCACGAGACCCCCGUCCUACCAGCAGCACCUCCCUGAGCACCGGAUCUUCCUCUGAGUAUGAUGAGGCCGACACCUGGGGAUUCUUCCAGCGAGCCAGCCCGGAGGAAGACGAGGCCGGGAAGGAAGACGAUGAGCAGUACGACCCAUAUGCUCAUCAAACUUCAGACCUCAAGAACGAUAAGCGGGAUGUGAUAACGGGUCGGGAACGACCUCAGAGGGCUGCAGCGGUGAUUCCAGUAUUCACAGAGUUUCCACUUUUGGAUUCUCUUGAGAGGAAGGACGGCGAUCAAUCCUCAUGUUCUUCAGAAGGGGUCGAUGUGCCCAGCGGGACCUCAAUUCCACGUGGCAGCUUGAUCAAGAGCACGUUCUACAACAGGAACGAGCAGCUCUCCCCGAUGUCCGCCCGGCACAUGAUGCUCCGGGACAGAUUUCACAUCAGGAAACAGGAACGAGGGCGCAAGAUGUUGCGCUCCAGCCUGUCUGGGAGGCUGAACGAACCCCUUAUAGAGUAUGUAGAAGACUCCCCGGAUAUAGAGAGCGGGCGCAGACCCAGGAGAGGGUCUAUGCAUCUUUCUAAAUCUUGUUCCCUGGACAGAGGGGUGAGUCCGGCCUGUUUAUACCCAAACGUUUACACCCAAAGGAGGAGCCGGUCUCUGGAUGAAUCUACAAGACAAUCUGAAGCUUUAGCAGGGCAGAGGAAGCUGGGAGAUGGCGAGGAAGAUGAGGAGUUUGACCACGAUAAUGAGUUCACUGAUGAAGAACAAGACGACACUACACAAGUAUCAAAGUCUGAGCGUCUACCAGAAGUAGAAGGUGAACCAGAGACUGACAGAGCUACCACAGGCCUGGAAGAAGAAAAAACGAUGGGUGGCUCCCAACUGUCUCUUGUAGACUCCGAGGCAUCUGAAAGAAUGAGUUCCUUCGUCAGACAGAUCUCACAAAAGCCCCAGAAGUCCUACUAUGAGUCUGAGGAGCACUUGGUUGCAUCAUCUGGGAAGACAUCUGAGCUCUCGCUCUUAGAAGACUCGGAGGAUGAGGAUAUGGAACGGGUUCUGAAAUCCCUUCGUCAAGAGACCUUCCAAGCACCGCCAAGGCAAAGAACAUCCGGCUCACCGACAGGCAAAAACGGUGUUACAUUGCGGCGAAGUUCCUCAGCUGUACCCAUACGCCCAGCGUCAGCGACCCCAGAGAGCCGAGAGGUCCUUCAGAGGCACUCUUCAGCCCCGGCCCUGCAGAUCAAACCCCCUAGUGGCAAAUCAGCCAAGUCUGGACUCCUGAAAGUCUUCCGCAGGAAGUCCUGGACAGGCCACUCCGGCUCCCAAACAGAUGACCCAGGAAAGAGGUCUGAUGAGGGCACAAGUUCAAAACCGAGAUCUCCUCUCAUGGUUUUGAGGAAGAAGAUGAGGGCGUCAGCCUCGAGCCUUACCAAGCUGUUCACCAGGCAGUCCAGUAAAGAGGGCAAAGAGGAAAAAAGAGGAUCAAUUGUGAAGAGUCCAGUUCCUCUGGACAGAACAACGGUCACCUCAGACUUUUUUCCAUCAGCUCCCUUCUCAGAAAGUCCUCAGAAAAAGUCCAAGCUCUUCUCUCUCAAAGUGCCAGGAUUCAAAAAGAGCAAAGAAACCCUGGUCAGGCCGCCCAGGCCGGACGUGAUCCAGCUGGCCAGCGUUGGAGCUUUGGUGUUCUGGAGGCCGGCGCCAUCGAGUGGUCCUGUCACCUACUGCGUACAGUACAGCGUCAAUCAAGAGGAGUGGAAAACCUUGUCGGAGAAUGUGACCGACAGCUGCUACGUGGUCACCACGCUUCCCAAAGGACCCGGUUAUGUGUUCAGGGUGGCGUGCACCACCAAAUCGGGGCCGGGACCUUACAGUGACCCUUCACCGCCUGCUUUUAUGACGACCCCAUAUGAAGACUCUCACAUUCCUUUGAUCAUGACGGAAUCUAGUGGAUCUAAGAUCACCGUACCAGGAGGACUAGGCUCGGAAAGAUCUUACAGCUUCCUGUCUGAGAUCAACAGGGGUCGCUUCAGCGUGGUGACGUACUGUGAGGACAGCAGGGCUUCACAACCGCUGGCAGCCAAGCUGACUCCGUACGGACCCGAGCAGAGACAGCUGGUGCUGCGAGAGUACCAGGUGCUGCGCCGACUGUGCCACCCGAACCUGGUCCAGCUCCACGCUGCCAUUCUCAUUCCCUCCUGCCUGGCGCUCAUCGAGGAGCUGUGCUCCGGACGGGAACUCCUCUACAACCUGGCUGAGAGGGGUGUGUACGGAGAGCUCGACGUGUGCCAGCUGUUGCAGCAGCUGCUGAGCGGUGUGGAUUACCUUCACGGUCGCCACAUCAUCCACCUGGACCUGCGCUCCGAUAACGUCCUGGUGAACAAGCACAACGUUCUGAAGAUCGUGGACCUGGGCUCCGCUCAGCCCUUCACUCCGGGACACGCCCUCAACAUCGAACACAUCAAAGAGAUGUCGGGGAGCAAAGUUUACAUUGUCCUUUCCAAAGCUCCUGAGAUCCUGGAGGGUCAGGGUGUUGGACCUGCCACUGAUAUCUGGGCUCUGGGCGUUCUGGCUUUUAUCACGCUGAGUGCGGACAGCCCCUUCCAUUCAGACCUGAGCUGGGAAAGAGAGCGAAACAUCAGGAAGGGUAAAGUCCAGUUCGGCCGCUGCUACCCUGGACUCACUGAGGGAGCCGUCAACUUCCUGAGGAGCACGCUCAACAACAAGGCCUGGGGAAGACCGUCGGCUGCAGAGUGUCUCCAGGACCCGUGGGUACGAGGCGAGCGGGACCUUUCCAAACCCACGUCCUCUGUGGUUUGCUUUUCCACUGACAAACUGCGGGCUUACCUCAAGGAGCGAGAGGCCAAACGUCACCGCGCCCGCACCAAAGUCACUCUACCGCAUGCUUAAACAUCUGGAUCAGGGUGCAGGACGGGGGCGUCUGGGUUCCUGAUUGUUUUGCUGAAUGCUACCAUAUUAUUAUACGCUCUAUAAAACACAGUGGCUGCAAAUAAUGAUGCAAAACAACAUCUGUUACCUUCAUAUCACAUUCAAAAGCAUCACAUAAACCCUUCACAGCUCA